GAGGCAAGAGGGGCAUUUAUAGGUGGAGGAGAGAGAGAGAGAGACGGAGGAGGGAGCAGGCCCGGCGGCGGGGAUGGGGGACUCCGGCGGCUCCGUCGUGUCGGUCGACGUCGAGCGCAUCUCCUUCGGCGGCAAGGAACAUCAUAUACAAACAAAUCAUGGAUCUGUAUCUGUUGCAGUGUAUGGUGAUCAUGACAAGCCCGCCCUUAUUACUUAUCCAGAUGUUGCUUUAAAUCAUAUGUCUUGCUUCCAAGGAUUACUCUUCUGCCCUGAAGCUGCUUCACUGCUUCUUCACAAUUUUUGCAUUUACCAUAUCAGUCCCCCAGGACAUGAGUUAGGAGCUGCUCCAAUUUCAUCGAAUACACCUAUACCAUCUGUUGAUUACUUGGCAGAUCAGGUUGCUGAUGUUCUUGAUUUCUUUGGAUUAGGUUCUGUGAUGUGCUUAGGUGCCACUGCGGGUGCUUAUAUUCUGACCCUCUUUGCAGCAAAGUACAGAGAGCGUGUACUAGGUCUUAUACUUGUUUCACCUUUAUGUAAAGCUCCCACUUGGGCUGAGUGGUUCUAUAGUAAGAUGGAGUCAAAUUUGUUGUACUACUAUGGGAUGUGUGGGUUGGUCAAAGAGAGCUUACUGCAGCGGUACUUCAGCAAGGAAGUACGGGGAUGCUCUGAAUUGCCCGAAUCAGACAUAGUGCAGGCAUGUAGAAGUUUUCUAGAUCAGCGGCAUAACAUGAACGUGUGGCGAUUUGUGCAGACAAUGAAUGGGAGAUAUGACUUGACAGAAGAGCUGCAGCAGCUUCAGUGUAGAACCCUUAUUUUCGUCGGCGAGAAUUCUGAGUUCCAUGCAGAAGCCGUGCACAUGACAUCAAAGCUUGACAGGAGAUAUUGUGCUUUAGUUGAGGUUCAAGGAUGCGGGUCGCUCGUAACGGAGGAGCAACCUCACGCGAUGCUUAUACCGCUGGAGUACUUCUUCAUGGGGUACGGCCUCUACAGGCCAAGCCAGCUCGACAGCAGCCCGCGCAGCACCCUCAGCCCAUUUUGCAUAUCACCGGAACUCCUUUCACCCGAGAGCAUGGGGGUGAAGCUAAAGCCGAUCAAGACGCGAGCGAGGCUCGAAGUGUAGCGCAAAGUGGACAAAGGUGGCGCUUAGGUCUGACAUGGUGAGAGUUUAGGCUAACCCGUGGAUAUCAGUGUACCAAACUGGUGUGUGUGUCUGUUGAUUUUUUGGAAGUAAAGCGAGAUAAGCGUGUUAUACACUGUCAUGUAGAUAGGAGAUGGUAGUUGAUAUUGGUAGGUUGGGUGGGGUGGUUCUAUUCCAUUGAUUUGUAGCCUGUAAAUUGUUAUACAUCAUUGUUUAUCAGCACAAAAGGGAAAUAAUAGGGGAAUGGGAAGGUGACCUGUUCCCAAUCAUUAGAUA